AUGAAGACAUUCUUCCGCUUUGUGGAUACGCGCGCCGUACCUAUAGCUGAAAAGCCCCAACAAUCGCCACGUAUGCAAAUUGUCGGCUUGAACUUUGACGGAUUACCGGAUCCGGUGUGGGUUUGUGAUAGAACUUUCACAACGGCGACGAAUACUAUGCCUUUGAGAAAAGGGCAAAUUCUACAAGGCAAAGAGGCUGCUAAGCCGAAGCCCUUGCCAGAAAUGGUGGCCGAAGAAGCUGAUGAGCUAGUCGAGUCGAAAAGCGCUACGAUUUUUCCAGUGGUCCGGGCUGCGAGGUCAAAGCAAACUGCUGCCAUAAGUGCUGAAGCCAUCGAAAGAUUCGCUGAGAAUUGGGGCCAACCAAAUAAUCAGAUGGCGCUGCCGUUGUGGAGGGGUCCCUUCCAAGUGGCUCAAAUCCAUGAUGCUGAUGCUCCCAUGGUUCCGUCGUCGUCUCAGACCGACAUGGAGUUUAUGCUGAAUGUCUUGGGUGGAGGCGGAGCUCAAGGAGAAGCCGAGGCGGUUGCAGCCUGGAAAAAGCAGCAACUGACCGACGAGAAGCCAGCAAUCCUGAACCCUUGGAUCGUGGAAAAGCGGCUGCAUCUUUGGCCGGAAGGGCCCGUCAGUUAUCCGCUUAGGGAGGAGCCACAGCUUCGUCUGCUCGAUCACAUCAAGAUGAAGACUAGUCAUUUCGAGCCGUGGUGGUGUAUGAUGCCGGAAAUUCUGCCAGAGGUCGAUGAAGAGGUGGUAGAUGGUGCGGCUUAUCACUUUCCUCCUCCAAGGAUGGCCACCCCGCCACAGCCUGUGUACGAUUUGGAUAUGCUGGGCCAAGACCUUGGCUGUGAGAUUGUGGCCCCUUCGAAAGAGAAUCAGAUUCACGAAUUCGAAACCGUCAACAAAUCCACGGACAAU